UGUCAGUUGUCUCUGCUUACUUGAUUCGGUCUUAACCGGCGCUCUAGUUAUUACUGGCGUCUACACAAAAAUUAUAGAAAAUCCAGCGUAAAAACAUUAACGGCCAAGAUGGGACUGUCCGGACUAUUGCUGAUCGUUGCGUGUUUCCUCGGAUGCUCGGCAGUUGCGGACGCAGAGAAGGCAAGCGGUCCCGUGACAACAGCGCUGAUUCCGGACGGUCGGUCGCACACGAUAAAGUGUCCGAAAGUGCCGGUGCCGGUGUCCGGCGGGUGUCCGGGCGCUAAGCAGAAAGCCAGCGCGUCCAAGACGGAGAUGGUGCAGCAGGAGAUCCAACUGCUCAGCGCCUCGUACUGGCUGCCCGAAACAGCACCAACAUACUGUCUGUACGCCUACGCGCUGACCCAGCUGCAGAAGACGUGCAAGGACGGCGCGGCGCAGUGCACGUUCACGGCGCAGGAUCCGUCCCCGGAUCAGGGCUGCACGGGCAAGGCGCUGCUCGUCAGAUACGCCUGUGUCACGCCGGCGCCCGAGCCUACCGGCGCAAUCAACUGCCAGAUCCUAGUCAACAACAUGAUCGACGAUUAGUCUGCAAGCGCCCUUCCGCUGCGAUUCACAACGGCUGUGGCGGCUCGUUUCCUGUGUGGUUGCUCUCAGAUUUUGAUUGUUAAUAUUCUUAUUUAAGUUUAUGUAAAAGGUCACCGUUUUACCAUGGGGAACAAUUUCCUGCCGCCACGAAGGGAUUAAAAAAAGGGGCAAGUGCUUUUAUCGUUAUUUUUCUUAUAUUUCUGUAACCCGGGAAAUUCUGCAUAAACUUGUUGAACACGGAACCGUGAAGCAGCAAUAACGGCGCGUCAACAGACAAGCCGAGAGAUCACGGCGCAUUCAACAGCUGUUAAUGCGCGCGCGGUAUUGUGUGGAUGUUGUAAUAGUUCUCCACGCG